UAAUUUCAGGUUAUAAUGCCGGAAGGAUAAUCUUGCUGGCAUUAUUUGCCGCAAUAAGUCAAGUGGAUGGUGGUUGCGAGCUGCUCAACUUGGGUCGAAAACCUUGUGAAGGCCAAUUAACUUGCACUGAUGACUUUGGCUCCGCUAUCGCCUCCGUGAGAGAUUGGUCAUGCAGACGCCAUGAAACCUACGACUACUACAACGGUUACCGAAGAUUUAGAACCGAUGACGACUACAGUCUAUUCGUCAAAGCAGAAAAUAUCGACGGAACAGAUUCAUUCGACGCCUACGGCAUUAUCAAUGAACUCAGAGACCACAUAUUGACUCUGUCGAUUACCAACGGAAAAAUGAACUCUGUCCCAUUAGCCAUUUAUAACGCACACAAAGCAACAAAGAUUGAUCUCUCUAGUAAUACAAUAGAAUCUUUAAAGCUAGAAGCUUUCACAAAAAUUAACAGUCUCAAAUUGCUCAACAUGUCCUGUAAUCAAAUAGCAGAUUUGGAAGUCGGCGAGAGAUCGCCCGGCGCCGGAUUCAGCGCGGUACAGACAAUAGAUUUGAGCUACAACGCUAUUUCAUCCAUCCCCAACAAUUACUUCAGACAGUUUCCAGAUUUACUUCAUUUAGAUCUAUCUCAUAAUUGUAUCAAAAGUUUCGAAAUACUUACUUUUGAAGGCAUUACACAGCUCCAGAAGUUAUACGUUUCAUAUAACGAAAUAACUAAGUUGGGUGUCGUUUUUGCAAGAUUCGAAUUUAUGAAUGAAUUGGUUUUAGAUCACAACUAUUUGACAUCGAUUGAGGAAAACAAUUUUGAUAAAAUGUCCAAGUUGGAAAAACUUAAUAUAAGUUCGAACAGUUUAGCUAGUAUUGGAGAUACAUCGUUUGACCAUUUGGUUGAAUUAAAGGAGUUGGACUUGAGCAAUAACACAAUUAAUACAAUCACAAAGCCUAUAUUUCAGCAUAACACUAACUUACAAUCAUUGGACAUAUCAUCAAAUAGAAUUUCUAAAAUAGAACCAGGAGCCUUUGAAGGGAAGCGUAUUGAGGAUUUUAAAGUCCAUAAAAAUCCUAUUGCGGGUUCUUUGAUCAAAAAUACCUUUCUAGGCAUUUGUGUCGACAAACUAGACUUAAGUAGUGCUAAUGUUACUGAGCUAGGUCCGGAAUUAUUUGAAGGGCAAUUUAAAUCUUUAAAUUUCAGUAGAAAUUCCAUAUCCAGAAUUCAUAAAACCACCUUUUAUAAACUCGAAUUAUUGACAGAACUAGAUCUCUCAUAUAACCAAUUACAAGACAUAGAAUUUGACACUUCUAACCUAAACAAUCUUUCCUACUUCUAUAUCAAUAAUAAUAAAAUUAAGAAAAUCACAAACGAAACGUUUAAAUCUCUAACUUCGUUAAAAGUUGUCGAUUUGUCUAAUAACGCAAUUGAAAAUAUUGAAAUACUUUCUUUCCAAAAUUUAAAAGAGCUCGAGUCGUUGAAUUUAAAUAACAAUCCUCUUGUUGAUGUAAUCCCUCCACAAAUGUUCCGUGGACUAGCUUUGACUACAGAGCUCGAUUUUACUAAUUCCAAAAUAAACACGAUUCAAAACAACGCAUUCAACGGAAUGGAGUCCUUAAGAAAGUUUAAUUCUACACAUAGUAAGAUAUCAGCACUAGAAGUUAAUAUAUUUAAUGGCACUUGGUCAAUUGAAAUUUUGGAUCUAUCUUACAAUCAAAUAGAAUCUUUUUCAAUAAAUAAUACGAAUAUAAGAUCUGUGAAAGAUUUAUAUUUACAAUACAAUAAACUUCAAAAUGUGACAGAUGAAACGUUUUCAGGGCUAACUAAUUUAAGUUCAUUAACUUUAAAGGGGAAUAAUCUCAUUAACAUUGAGAAUAGAGCUUUUCGCGAAUUAAAUAAUCUACUAAAGCUUGACAUUUCAGCCAAUAAAGACGUGGUAUUUAAUUCAUCAAUAUUUUCGAAUCUGCAGUCACUCUCUGUAGUCCUACUUGAUCAUGUGACAACAAUAUUUACUUUCGAGAGUAUAGUGAACACUACAAUUACAAACUUAGAUGUGUCUUUUUGCGAAAUAUCAGAUAUCAACGCAGUCCAAGUGUUCCAUAUUACAACUCUCGAACGGUUGAAUCUGGCUUCUAAUAAGAUUAGGGCAGUCGACAAGACAUCGUUCCAAAGGUUACGUCAACUUGCAUGGAUCGAUCUCAGUAAUAAUAAGCUUUCUAGUAUCCAACCAGGGUCUUUCAGAGAUAAUGAAGACCUGAGCGUUCUAAAUUUAAGCAAUAACUUUCUAUCUUCUCUAAAGUUUGGUGUAUUUGAUGGUCUAGCGAAUUUAAACACUCUUGAUUUGUCAAGUAAUACGUUGCAUAGUUUUAGUGCAAGCAUAUUUCACAACACACCUCUUGUACGAGUAGUUUAUGUUGACAAUAAUCUAAUAGACGAUGUAAAUUUUCAAGAGUUUACUAAAGAAAACAUUAGAGAGCUUUACAUAGGGGGCAACCAUGUACCUUGCAGUAGAUUGACCGAAUGGAAAAAGAAUAUUGAUGUUCAUCAGCACGAGCCCGUACUGUCCGUUAAAGCGAAACAUGUAAUAUAUGAUAAAGAGAAUGUCGAUGGCAUAACUUGUAAAAGUAAGAGUAAAUUUAACGACUUUGGUCAGAACAAUAGUAACGAAACUGCUCUCGCGGCAAUGUUGUCGAGUUCUUUGGAAGAAUUCCGGGUCACAGUCGAAAGGUUUUUGAACCGUAACGAUUCUAAAAUUGAUCUUGAGUCAAUCGGCCUUCAAAAGGUGCCUACUUCAAUUGAAAAAUUUCUAGAAGUAUUUAACAAAAGUGAGACAAGAAAUAAUGUUUUCCUUGAAAAACUAAUGAAUAUUAACAAUAGCACGAACAGGGCUUUAGAAAACAUACAAGAAUAUGUAAAGCUUCGUAAUGUUAUAGCGGUCAAUUCUCAAACAGAUUCGCCAAUAAGGAAUGAUGAAAUAGAGAAAACAAUCAUUGAAAUGUUAUCGAAAGAAAAACAAUCUAUGAAAAAUGAAAUUAAGAAUAUGUUCGAUGAUUGGAAAUCGAAUAACGUUGUAAAUAAUAAAUUUGAAGCUCAGACCGCUAGUGAUGGAGGCUCAACUAAUCUGAGGUCUGCAUUAUAUUUCAUAGCAACGUGCCUUGCGGCACUCCUUGGACUACUAGUUUUAAGUCUGAUAUUCUUUUUCUUUAAGUUAAGACAUGCGUUUAGUAACCAUUUGUCGCACAGCAGACAAUCAAUAUCUAAUGUGAUGGAAAUGGAAUAGU